AAAAUGGUCUCGGAGUGGAUGAGCAAGGAUUCUUGCAAGAACAAGAAAAGGCUAAAGAAAUAAGUCGCAAUGCCCGUAAUGCUGGUGCUGAUGAUCGUGAAAUUGUAGCCUUGGAUAUGCAUGAUAUCGCAAAGAUAGAACAGGAUAAAAUUGCUAAUAUAACCAACGAUAAUUUCAAGUACCAAAGUGGAAGUAUAAAAGCCACUGUCAAGGGCAUUUAUUAUAAUCAUUCUUUCUUUCCGAAUACUGAUGAUAUUCCGUCUGGCAAAUCCUUCGGCAUAAUUCUUGAUCGUACGAAUUUUUAUGCAGAACAAGGCGGUCAACAGUAUGACUCUGGUUUUAUCACUAUUGAUACUGUUGAUGCUCAAGCAGAAUUUGAAGUUAAAAACGUACAGGUGUUCGCAGGAUAUGUCUUGCAUGUAGGGUGCCUAAUAUAUGGUAGAUUUGCCGUUGAAAAUGAAGCGGUAGCUUCAUAUAAUGAACCACGUCGUAAGCUACUCAUGAACAAUCACACUGCUACACAUAUUCUAAAUUAUGCAUUACGAGAAGUUUUUGGUAAUACAAUUGAUCAGAAAGGAUCACUGGUUGCCCCUGAAAAGUUAAGGUUUGAUUUUUCACUGAAGAAAGGUGUCUCGAACGAUGAGCUAGCUAUUGUAGAGUCAAUUUCAAAUGAAUUCAUUAAAAAGAAUAAAAUUGUAUAUUCGAAGGAUGUUUCGUUAUCUGUUGCGAAGGCUAUUCACGGACUUCGUGCCGUAUUCGGUGAGGUCUAUCCUGAUCCUGUUAGAGUAGUAUCUAUAGGAUAUGAUGUGAACGAUAUCGUGCAGGAUGUAUCAAAUCCAAAAUGGGGUGAUACUUCGAUAGAAUUUUGUGGCGGAAC